CUGAAAUCGUCGCCAUUGUCAUAUUCGCUAGCAUUGGAAGCUCUCAAAGGCCGGCCGUCAGAUUCUCUAUUAAGAUUUGAAGAAGAAAUUCUACGUAAUGGAGUCCGUAAAGUCACAGAAACAGAGAAGAGGAGGACUAGAUUCUGUCUCACCAGCGCAGACGCCGCGGUCGAGCGAGAAGGCCGUGAGAGAUCUGCGACAGGGGGAGGGGAAUUUGAGCGGCAAGCACGAGAAAGAUAAAGGCGUGAAUGUCCAGGUCGUUGUUCGGUGCAGGCCAUUAAGCGAGGAAGAGAGCAGAUUGCGUACACCAAUGGUUGUUUCUUGUAAUGAGAAGAAAAGAGAAGUUUGUGCUGUUCAGAAUAUAGCUAAUAAGCAGAUUGAUAGAACCUUUCAAUUCGACAAGGUCUUUGGUCCGACGUCCCAACAAAAGGAUUUGUAUGACCAGACAGUGUCUCCCACUGUAUUUGAAGUUCUAGAGGGCUAUAACUGCACUAUUUUUGCAUAUGGGCAGACAGGAACAGGGAAAACCUACACAAUGGAGGGAGGAGGAAGAAAAAAGAAUGGGGAAUUUCCGAGUGAUGCAGGUGUUAUCCCCAGAGCAGUUCGGCAAAUUUUUGAUGUAUUAGAAGCUCAAAAUGCUGAGUAUAACAUGAAAGUUACAUUUCUAGAGCUCUACAAUGAAGAAAUAACAGAUCUGUUGGCUGCAGAGGAUUGCUCAAAAUUCAUAGAUGACAAAUCCAAGAAGCCAAUGGCACUUAUGGAGGAUGGAAAGGGAGGUGUUUUUGUUAGAGGCUUGGAAGAGGAGAUAGUAUGCACUGCCAAUGAAAUUUAUAAAAUAUUGGAGAAAGGUUCUGCUAAAAGGCGUACUGCUGAGACCUUUCUAAACAAACAAAGCAGCCGCUCCCACUCGAUAUUUACCAUCACAAUUCACAUUAAGGAGUGUACUCCAGAGGGGGAGGAAAUGAUUAAGUGCGGGAAGCUCAAUCUUGUUGAUCUAGCUGGUUCAGAGAAUAUUUCGCGCUCUGGUGCAAGAGAGGGCAGGGCACGAGAAGCUGGAGAGAUCAAUAAAAGCUUGCUGACACUUGGUCGUAUCAUAAAUGCACUAGUUGAGCACUCUGGUCAUGUACCAUAUAGAGAUAGUAAAUUAACAAGGUUGCUGAGGGAUUCCUUGGGAGGGAAAACAAAAACAUGCAUUAUCGCUACAAUAUCACCCUCCAUUCACUGUUUGGAAGAGACGCUCAGCACCUUAGAUUAUGCAUACCGCGCCAAAAAUAUUAAGAACAAACCAGAGAUUAAUCAGAAGAUGAUGAAAUCUGAAAUGAUGAAGGAUUUGUAUUUGGAACUCGACCGGCUUAAGCAAGAGGUGUAUGCUGCAAGAGAGAAGAAUGGAAUCUACAUACCAAGGGAUCGUUAUCUUCAGGAUGAAGCGGAGAAGAAGGCAAUGACUGAAAAAAUAGAGCGCAUGGAGCUUGAUUUUGAAUCCAGGGACAAGCAACUAAUGGAGCUUCAGGAACUUUACAACUCUCAGCAGCUAUUAACUGCAGAAUUAAGUGAAAAACUUGAAAACACUGAGAAAAAGCUCCACGAAACAGAACAUGCCUUGGUUGAUCUUGAAGAAAGAUACAGACAGGCAAAUGCAACCAUCAAAGAAAAGGAAUAUCUGAUAUCCAAUCUUCUCGAGUCUGAGAAAGCACUUGUUGAGCAGGCAUUUGAGCUUCGAGCAGAGCUAGAGAAUGCUUCAUCAGAUGUGGCUAGCUUGUUCACCAAGAUUGAGCGCAAAGACAAAAUAGAAGAUGACAACAGAACUCUUAUCCAGAACUUUCAGUCACAGUUAACUGAACGGCUUGAAGUCUUGCAUAAAACUGUGGCAACAUCUGUUACUCAACAAGAGCAGCAACUGAAAGACGUGGAGGAAGAUAUGCAAUCCUUCGUAUCCACGAAGGCAGAGGCAACUGAAGAACUUCGAGGCCACCUAGCUAAGUUGAAAAAUAUGUAUGGUUCUGGUAUCAAAGCUUUGGAUGAUUUAGCUGUGGAGCUUGAUGCAAAUUCUAAGUCAACUUUUGGGCAUCUGAAUUCUGAAGUUUCUAAGCAUUCAUCUGCUCUUGGGGAUCUUUUUAGAGGAAUUGCUUUGGAGGCUGAUACAUUACUUAACAAUCUUCAAAAUAGCCUGUACAGUCAGGAAGAGAAACUAACUGCAUAUGCACAACAACAACGCGAUGCACAUUCCAGAGCAGUGGCAACCAUGCGCUCAAUUUCUCAGAUAACCGUGAAGUUCUUUGAUGGUUUAGACAUGCAUGCGUCUAAACUGAGCGGAAUUGUGGAAGAAGCACAAACAUAUAAUGACCAUAAAUUAUCUGAGCUUGAAAAGAAGUUUGAGGAGUGUGCUGCACAUGAAGAAAGGCAGCUCAUAGAGAAAGUGGCAGAGCUGCUUGCAAGUUCAAAUGCUCGGAAGAAAAAACUGGUUCAAACAGCGGUAAAUGGCCUGCGGGAGAGUGCAGCCACCAGAACAAGCAGAUUGCAGCAAGAGAUGUCCACAAUGCAAGAUUCGACUUCUUCUGUUAAAUCCGAAUGGACGAAUUACAUGAAAAAAGCUGAAACACAGUAUCUUGAGGAUACUACUGCCGUGGAGAAUGGAAAGAAGAACCUUGGAGAGGUUCUUCAAAAUUGUUUGCAAAAGGCAAAAAUGGGUGCACAGCAGUGGACUAAUGCUCAAGAAUCGUUGCUCAACCUAGAGAAGAGCAAUGUUGCUUUUGUGGAUGAGAUAGUAAGGGGAGGAAUGGAUGCCAAUCAGAUCUUGCGUGCUCAGUUUUCUUCUGCUGUAUCAUCUUCAAUUAAAGAUGCAGAUGUUGCAAGCAAGAAUGUCCUUUCCUCCAUUGAUCAUUCAUUACAACUUGACCAUGAUGCAUGUGAAAAUCUUGAAUCCAUUAUCCUUCCAUGUUGUGGAGAGUUGAGGGAACUGAAGAGUGGACACCACCACAAGAUUGUGGAGAUCACAGAAGAUGCAGGAAAAUGCCUGCUAGAUGAAUAUAUGGUGGAUCAACCAUCAUGCACUACACCAAGAAAGAGGACAUUUAAUCUACCAAGCAUUGCAUCCAUUGAAGAACUCAGAACCCCUGCUUUUGAGGAUUUGUUAAGGUCCUUCUGGGAUGCAAAAUCUUCAAAACAAGCAAAUGGAGAUGCUAAACACAUAGGAGCUUAUGAAGCCGCCCAUUCUGUUAGAGACUCCAGACUUCCCCUAACUGCUAUUAAUUGACAAAAAGGGAGUAGAAUAAAACUGAUAAAGAGUCUCAGCUGUAAAAAUUGUACAGUAUACAUAUCUCGAGUAUGCACUUGCCUUAUUUGUUCAUUGUUUGUUCAUAUAGUGGGUUGUUUUCUUUUUCCUUAUUCGGCGGAGGAAAUUUCAGUUCGUUGAAAUUCUUUCGAUAUGAUAUGACAUAUUCAAUGAGAG